AGAAUUGCCACAUAAUGCGGGCCGUCACGACUAAAUCACUGGGCCUACCAUACAUAUAACGAAGUGUAUAUAAUAAUGUGUGCGGCGGCGAUCGACGAUUGGCCAUGGAUUUACGUUUACCUGCUCUUUCAGAAUUUGCACGAAAGCUUCUUCCGUCUUUAAUGUUGGUCUUCUAUAAAAUGGCGACUGUUAACAAAACUCCAAAAAGUCAGAGACUAAACCUGAAAAAAUCCUGUUCUGUCUGUAACUGAUCUGGAAUUUUGAAUUCUCAGAUCUUAAUCGAAUUAGAUGGCCGGUGCUGGUCAGGAAUCGAACACCGACGGUCCAGAAACAGUCAUUGUGAUACGACGAUCGGAAGGGAAUGGAGAGAGUUCUAUGGCCGCCUCCGCCGCCGGAGAAGCGGCGAAGAUGGAGGAAGAGAGAUUUUCGUGCUGUAUUGAUGUGGACUGUGGCGAUGAAGUCGGGAAAAAGGCGUGUUGCAGAAUAUGCCAGUUGAAUGAAAGAGAAGAAGAGUCGAUUAAGACGAAGAAGAAUGUGAUGGAUUUGAUUGAGCUUGGCUGUGGCUGUAAAGGAGACCUCCGUUUCGCCCAUUUGCGGUGUGCUGAGGCAUGGUUUAAGCUCAGAGGAAACCGAUUUUGCGAGAUAUGUGGGGAAAUUGCGAAAAACGUUACUCGCGUGGGGAACGCGAAUUUCAUGGAAGAGUGGAGCGAUGGAAGAAAUCCCGACGAGAGGUCAAGAGAUUGCCGGGAACGGCAGUCGUUCUGUAACUUCUUGAUGGGCUGUCUGGUUUUAGCGUUUGUUCUUCCUUGGUUUUUCCGUUUAAAUUUCUAAAAUCACGACUUUCUUUAUUUAGAGCCUGUUUGGAAACAGCCAAAUGGUUUGCUGUAUUGGCUGAUUCUGUUGAAAUUUAUUAAAUUCUGGUUGAUGUAGCUGUAUUGGCUGAUUCUGCUGAUUUGUGAAAAAUAAUAAUUUAAAA